AUCGUUUUGAGACGUCAUUGGCGCACACUGCGUUUGGGAAAUAUUUUUGUUCAAGUAGCGUGUUCGUGUGUUCAAAUUUCAUGGCAAAUGGAACAGGUGAUGUUAUAUUCUGUCGCGGAACUGGUCAGAGUGACGAUUCAGACAUAUGGGAUGAUACUGCCUUGAUAAAAGCAUACGAUAAAGCGGUUGCGUCGUUCAAGAACGCUUUGAAAGGAGAUGAUGACAUGGCCCCAGACAAUAAAAAAGAGAAGCCUGGAAAUAAACGAAAAAAUAACAAAAAGAACAAAAGCAGAAAGAGGUGUAAUGCGCCCCCUGACAGAGAGUGGAAUGUUGGAGAUUCCUGUUAUGCAGUUUGGUCAGAGGAUGGAAACUUGUAUGCUGCUACUAUUUCCUCAAUCAACCAGGAGAAGGGCACAUGUGUUGUGUAUUACACUGGCUAUGGUAAUGAAGAGGAACAGAAUCUGAAUGACCUUAUAGAUAUUGAAGAAUUGGAUGAGGAAUCUAAAAAAACAGCAGAUGUGAAAGAGGCUGAGUCUUCAACAGAAGAGAGUGAUAAAUCUUCUACUCCACACCAGUCUACUCAACAGAAACACAAUCCUAAAGGCAAAGCUCCAGUGGGACCUCCCAUGUGGGGGGCGGGAUUGCCCCCUGCCCCCCCUCCUGGGCAUCACUUUAGAAUGUCUGACAGCAGAAGAGGAGACCCUGGACUUGCCUUCCCUGGCUGGCCCCCAAUGAUUCCCCCUGGCCCACCGAUGAUCCCACCACCACCACCAAUGAGUCCAGAUAUGCUGGGGGAUGAUGAGGCCUUAGGCAGUAUGCUCAUCUCUUGGUAUAUGAGUGGCUACCACACAGGAUACUACCUAGGUUUGAAACAAGGGCGCAAAGAGACCGCAGCAAAAAGGUCUCAUCACAAAUGAAACAGUUUGUACGUUAGUCUGGUUAGAAUCAGUUACAGCCAAAGUGUGGGAGAGACUGUAUUUCUGCUUCAGAAUGUAUGGUCCAUUUCAUGUUUUGUAUUCUUUGUACAUAAAUGAAUUAAACACCAAUAUGUUUUUUUUCA